GGAGCAGACUGUCCCCAGCGGGCCCUGACACCUCCACCCAGACAUGCUGCUGCUACUGCUGCUGGCUCUGCUCUGGGGGAUGGUGGGAGGGCAGCAACAGAGAGGGCACUGGAAGGGUUAUACCCUGGAAGUGCAGAGGGAGGUGAUGGUGCAGGAGGGUCUGUGUGUCCAUGUGCCCUGCUCCUUCUCCUACUCCUCAGAAGGCUGGACAGACUCUGACCCUGUUUCUGGCUACUGGUUCCGGGAUGGGGCCAAUACAAUACGCGAUGCUCCAGUGGCCACAAACAACAAAACUCGACAAGUACAGGAGGAGACCCGGGGCAGAUUUGACCUCCUUGGGGUCCCCGAGAUGAGCAACUGCUCCCUGAGUAUCAGAAAUGCCAAGUGGAGUGACCGUGGAUUAUACUUUUUUCGGAUGGAGCAAAGACAGAGCAUAAACUGGAACUAUAUACACAAUAAGUUCUCUCUGCGUGUGACAGCCCUGACCCCCAACAUCCUUCUUCUGGGGACCCUGGAUUAUGGCCACCCCAAAAACCUGACCUGCUCUGUUCCCUGGACCUGUGAGAAGGGAUUGUCCCCCAAGAUCUCCUGGGCUGGACCCUCUGUGGACCCCCAGGAACCCACCACUGGCCACCUCUCGGUGCUCACCUUCAUCCCACAGCUCCAGCACCAUGGCACCAACCUCACCUGCCAGGUCACCUUGCCUGGGGCUGGUGUGACCGGGAUAAAGAUCAUCCAUCUCAACGUGACCUACUCUCCUCAGAACUUGACUGUGACUGUUCUCUUAGGAAACAGGACAGGGUCCCAGACUCAGGAUACAAGAUUUAAGCUGGAGGUGCAGAAGUUGGUGAGGGUGCAGGAGGGCCUGUGUGUCUUUGUGCCCUGCACCGUUUUCUACCCUCCGAAGGACUGGAUAGAGUCUACCCCAGCUUAUGGCUACUGGUUCAAAGAAUGGACUGCAUCAAGCACUGCCCUUACUCAGGAGCCAGAUGUCUACAUCCCGGAGACCCUAGAGCCUGGGCAGCUGGUCACAGUCAUCUGUGUGUUUAACUGGACCUUCGAGGAAUGUCCAGCCCCUUCUUUCUCCUGGACGGGGGCUGCCGUCUCCUCCCAAGGAACCAGAGCCCCCACCUCCCGCUUCUCUGUGCUCAGCCUCACACCGAGACCCCAGGACCAUGACACUGACCUCACCUGCCGAGUGUCCUUCUCCACAGGGGGUGUGAGCACACAGAGGACCGUCCGACUCAGCGUGGCCUCCUGGAAUCCCCAGGACACCCUCCCACAUCUGCAAGCCCAGAAAGGCCAGUUCCUACAGCUCCUCUGUGCUGCUGACAGCCAGCCUCCUGCCACACUGCGUUGGGUCCUGGGGGACAGAGUCCUGUCUUUGUCUCACCCCUGGGGCCCUAGAACCCUGAGGCUGGAGCUGCCCAGGAUGGAGCAUGAAGGAGAAUUCACCUGCCACGCUCAGCACCCCCUGGGCUCCCAGAGCAUCUCUCUGAGCCUCUCUGUGCACUACCCCCCACAGCUGCUGGGCCCCUCCUGCUCCUGGGAGGCCCAGGGGCUGCACUGCAGCUGCUGUUCCCGUGCCCAGCCAGCCCCCUCUCUGAGCUGGUGGCUCAGGGAGGGGCUGCAGGAGGGGACCGGCAGCCAGGGCUCCUUCACGGCCACGAACAGCUCAGAUGGGCCCUGGGCCAACAGCUCCCUGAGCCUCCAUGGGGGGCUCAACUCCAGCCUCUGGCUCAGCUGCGAGGCCCGGAAUGCCUAUGGGGCCCAGAGUAGCACCGUCCUGCUACUGCCAGACAGGAAGGGACCCCUCUCAGCAGCAUUCUUUAAUGGAGUGGUUCUGGGAAUCGCCAUCAUGACUGUCUUCCUCUUCCUCACCCUGGUCAUUGUGAAGAUUCUAUGGAAGAAGCAUACUCAGGCAGAGAACCGAAGGCCCAGGCUUUCACGAAGCAGCACAAUCUUGGAUUACAUCAACGUGGUCCCUAAGGCUCGGAAUCGGAAGGCCACACCAACCAACCCUUCCCAGACCCCUGCUUUGGGAGCUCCCUCCCUGGGAUCAAAGGACCAGAAGGAGCUAUGCUUUGUGUCCCUUGGUUGCCCAGUACCCAAAUCAUCUAUUCAAGACCCAGAAUAUGAGAAUGACCAAGAGGAGCUCCAUUAUGCUGGACUCACCUUUCCAGGCCGCAGACCCAUGCCUGAGACCCAGAUACCUAGAGAUACUGAGGAGAAUUAUGCAGAAAUCAAGUUCUACUAAGGGCCUUGUUCCAUGGGGACCUCUUGAGCUUUAGUGCUGGGACUCUGCUAGGGAGAAAUGUAGAACAAUAAAGUGGUUAAAGAGAA